UCUGAUGACCUGAAAGGUUGGAGGUUCAUCCUAACCCCGAAGUCCCCUUGGAAGAAAGGCCUAGUUGGUGUGUUUCCUGAAAACGCCCAAGAAAAUCCAGGGGAACAGACCUGCUCUGACACACAUGGGCGUACCAUGCGGUGGGACAUUCUUGACAACUGGUUGGGUGCUACCAGCUAGCAAAUCCCUGGAACAAAGCAGAUUCCCCAACACAACUCACGAGAGUCUCAAUGCCACCCUCCACACCACCCUGGUCAUCACGACGAAACUGGUGCUGCCGACCCCUGCCAAGCCCAUCCUCCCGGUGCAGACGGGGGAGCAGGCGCAGCAGGAAGAGCAGUCCAGCGGCAUGACCAUUUUCUUCAGCCUCCUGGUCCUAGCGAUCUGCAUCAUCCUGGUCCAUUUACUGAUCCGAUACAGAUUACACUUCUUGCCGGAGAGCGUUGCAGUCGUCUCUUUAGGAAUUCUCAUGGGAGCAGUGAUCAAGAUUAUAGAGUUUAAGAAACUGGCAAAUUGGAAGGAAGAAGAAAUGUUUCGUCCAAAUAUGUUUUUUCUACUCUUGCUGCCGCCCAUUAUUUUCGAGUCGGGCUAUUCCCUGCACAAGGGUAACUUCUUCCAAAACAUUGGUUCCAUCACCCUGUUUGCUGUUUUUGGCACAGCGAUUUCUGCAUUUGUCGUAGGAGGGGGAAUUUAUUUUCUGGGUCAGGCCGAUGUAAUCUCUAAGCUCAACAUGACUGACAGUUUUGCGUUUGGCUCCCUGAUAUCUGCUGUCGAUCCUGUGGCUACAAUUGCGAUUUUCAACGCCCUUCACGUGGACCCAGUGCUCAACAUGCUGGUUUUUGGGGAGAGCAUUCUCAAUGAUGCCGUGUCCAUUGUCCUGACCAACACAGCUGAAGGCUUAACCAGGAAAAACAUGUCAGAUGUCAGCGGGUGGCAGACGUUUUUACAAGCCCUGGGCUACUUCCUCAAAAUGUUCUUCGGCUCAGCAGCUCUCGGCACUCUCACAGGCUUAAUUUCCGCAUUAGUGUUGAAGCACAUUGACCUGCGGAAAACACCCUCCUUGGAGUUUGGCAUGAUGAUCAUUUUUGCGUAUCUUCCAUAUGGGCUUGCAGAAGGAAUCUCCCUCUCAGGCAUUAUGGCCAUCCUGUUCUCCGGCAUCGUCAUGUCCCACUACACACACCACAACCUCUCCCCGGUCACCCAGAUCCUCAUGCAGCAGACCCUGCGGAGUGUGGCCUUCAUGUGUGAAACGUGCGUGUUCGCCUUCCUUGGCCUGUCCAUUUUCAGUUUCCCUCACAAGUUUGAAAUUUCCUUUGUUAUCUGGUGCAUAGUGCUCGUCCUGUUUGGCAGAGCGGUGAACAUUUUCCCUCUUUCCUACCUCCUGAAUUUCUUCCGUGACCAUAAAAUCACACCGAAGAUGAUGUUCAUCAUGUGGUUUAGUGGCCUGCGGGGGGCCAUUCCCUAUGCGCUGAGCCUGCACUUGGACCUGGAGCCCCUGGAGAAGCGGCAGCUCAUCGGCACCACCACCAUCGUCAUCGUGCUCUUCACCAUCCUGCUGCUGGGCGGCAGCACCAUGCCACUCAUCCGCCUCGUGGACAUCGAGGACACCAAGGCGCGCCGCAGGAACAAGAAGGACGUCAACCUCAGCAAGACGGAGAAGAUGGGCCACACUGUGGAAGCGGAGCACCUGUCAGAGCUCACGGAGGAAGAGUAUGAGGCACACUACAUCCGGCGGCAGGACCUCAAAGGCUUCAUGUGGCUGGACGUGAAGUACCUGAACCCCUUCUUCACCCGGAGGCUCACCCAGGAGGAUCUCCACCAUGGACGCAUCCAGAUGAAAACCCUCACCAACAAGUGGUACGAGGAGGUACGCCAGGGCCCAUCGGGCUCCGAGGACGAUGAGCAGGAACUGCUCUGACCCACGGUCGCCGGGGCCACGGGCUGCCCCCCACCACCCUCCUGCUCCCAAGAGGGCUGUGUGCUGCCCCUGGACAGACAGCCAGCCAGCAAGGACCACGGAAGGCAGCCUCUGCCCAGGGGGACAGCGCCAAUGAGGGAAGGCCAAGGGGCCCCAGGCCUGUGGAGCCAGGGGCUUCUGAAGCCAGCGCCCCCCUCCCCAUCCUUACCAGGUCAGGUCUGUCUCUGCUCUCGGCAUCACCUUGCACGCAGCCCACAGAUUGGGGCAGCCCCGUCCCAGGUCAGACGCUGCCUUCUGCUUUUGUGUGGGUGCCGGGGUGCAGAGAGGAGUUGUCCCUCUGCAGUGCCACCAAGCACCUUCCUGUGGGAACAAGCCAGGAGGGGCCAGGGACCCAUUCUGCCCCCAGCCCCACCCUACCAUGGCGGGCCCCAAACUGCGACCCCCUCACACUCCCAAGGAGGUAAACAGAGUGUCUUUUCCAUCUCUGUUGGACCGGCACUUGGCAGGCUGCUUUGCCAAGUGGCAGCCUUUCUGAAUACUGUGAAGGCUCAUCCUGGCUCAACCCAGGGUGCAUGCCAGACUGGCCUUUUCUAGAAGCUACUGGAAGCUGCAGCCCUGGUUGGAGGAGAGAGCUUGGCCUGUGGGGUCAGAGCACCCUCUAGAGGGAAAUUCAAGUGCUACAGCACUCCUGCAGGCCUGAGCUGCUCUUAAUCCAGUUCACAUUCUUGCACGUUUACAUAGUAGUGCGUGCCCAGCCAUCACAUACCUCCACCACUGCCCCUUACACACACACACACACACACACACACACACACACACACACACACACACACACACGAUUGUCCCCUGCCCAAGUGUUCUUGAUUAUUCAGCUGUCCACCAUUGAUUGGCCUGCCGCCACCGUCUCAACUCAUUGGGGUUUCCUUCAUCAUCGUCCUCUGUCCUGUUAGCUGCUGUCGGGCCCAGCCAUCUGCAGGCUGGAGCCCAGCUCAACAAGGCGCUGGGCAGAGGUCAGGCCUGGGACAGUGGCCAUGCCUGCUGCCCCUCCCUCCCUCCCACCGGUA